UUAAGGUUACGUUUUACAGCUCACGUCUAUCACGUCUGUCUAUCCAUCUGUUUUAGAGAAUAUCCUGCCGGCAAUCAUGUAAUUAUGAGUAAUUGGUUCGCGAGAGGAAAUCAUUUUAUCGCGACUGUAAUUUCCGCAUCCAGAUCCAGCGGCAUCGCCCACUUUUUCAAGGAUCUCUGAUCAUCCAUCAGUAGUGCUUUCAGUGUUUUCCACCUAGUUUUUCCUGUAUUUCUGGAAACAUGGUUUUCGAACCUCUUAUCAGCGUUAACAAAUUCAUCCUUAAUGCAUCUCUGCAAGAUUUUUUAUUGGAAAGCGUAUUGGGAGUUGUUUUCUUGUGGUGUUUGUACAGUUGGAGGAAGAAAAAACAUUCAGCUCUUUCACUGGAGGAAGAGGAAGAAAUCAUAAGAAAUUGGCAUCCAGAACCUUUAGUCUCCAGUUCCGAGCCUCCUAUAGAUCGAGACCCUGCCAAUUACCCAUUAGUAACCAGUAAAGUUGAUGUCAUUACUCAAAUCAAUGGGAAAAAUUUCCUCAACUUUGCUAGUCAUAAUUAUUAUGGAUUUGCUGCGAAUCCUACAGUAGAGAAGCGUGUCAUCGAUUGUCUCCACAAAUAUGGAGUAGGAACCUGUGGACCUCGAGGGUUCUAUGGAACCUUAGAUAUCCACUUAAACCUGGAACAAAAGUUAGCUGAUUUCAUGGGAAUGGAAGAAGCUGCGUUGUAUUCGUAUGGAUUUUCAGCCGUGGCAAGUGCUAUAUCUGCAUAUGCCAAGAAACCAGAUAUUAUUUUUGCGGAUGAAAAAGUGAAUUUCCGAAUUCAAAAGGGACUAGAUGCGUCCCGCAGCACAAUUGUAUUUUUCAAACAUAAUGAUAUGGAUGAUCUAAAAGCAAAGCUUGAAGAGCAAAGAAAAAAGGACUUAAAAAAUCCAUCAAAAGCCAAGAAAAUUCGGAGAUUUUGUAUCAUUGAAGGCAUCUAUAUGAACACAGGCAAUAUUUGUAAACUGCCAGAAAUUGUCGCUCUUUGCACAGAGUACAAACUUCGUGUAUUUGUUGAUGAAAGUAUAUCUCUGUUUACAAUUGGAAAAACAGGGAGAGGUGUAACUGAAUAUUUCAACAUUCCGACGACUGAAGUGGAUCUUAUAAUGGGGAGCCUAGAGUUUUCUCUCGGUUCUGGUGGAGGCUUUGUCAUAGGAACAUCUUAUGUUGUAGAACAGCAACGUCUCUCUGGCCUAGGAUAUUGUUUCUCUGCUUCUUUGGCUCCAAUAUUAACGGAGGCUGGAAUGGCAGCUAUUGAAGUUCUAGAGCAAGAUGCGAAACUAAAAGAUGAACUAAGUAGCAAGUGUAGAUACAUUGAUGAGCAGUUGAGAAAGUUGCUAUCCGAUUUUUUCUCUGUGAGUGGACAUGAAGAAAGCCCUAUCAAACAUUUAUUUUUAGUUGUGUCCCUUCCAAGAGAUGAAGAAGAGACCAUUUUAAAAUCCAUCGUUAAAUAUUGUUUCAAGAGAAACAUUAUCCUGUCAAUGCCAACUUAUUUGGACAAAGAGGUUUUCAUGCCGAGGCCAAGUAUCUUACUAACAAUCAAUGUUGCUGUAUCAACAUCUCAAAUUAGUGAAAUGUGCUCAGUGCUUAAAGAUGCAUGUACUCAAGUUUGUUUCCGCCAGAAACUUGUAUUUGCCAGUCAGUAGAUCAAGAUUCGAUCCAAUCUCUCAUGGACCUCACAUCAGAUCACUCCUUUUAUAUUGUAAGAGUCCAAAGCUUCCUUUCAACCUUGUUAAAUAAACAAAGUUCAGUAUACACUCAGUCUCUUAAACUGCAGUAUAAUUACUUUUGUAAACUUUCAGAGAACUCAAUGAUCCCUCCAAUAGUUUUAAAAAAAAUCGUGUUUAGCUGAAGAGGGUGAAGAGUAUUAACUGUGCUUUCUACUUUUUUGUUUUUGAUACUCAAUAUUUACUCUCAUAAUGAGACCCUUUUUGGAGAAAAGCUAGAUAAGAUUUCAAAACAUAAAGUUGUUCUCCCUUUUUUUUCCUCAAACGUAUACAAUUAUAAGCUGUUUUAAUCCUUGCAUUAUAAUUGAGCUCAGUUAUCAGAAGAAGUUUGUCACAAGAGAAUUAAAAACUGUAUGAUUUGACCAGUUUUACUUUCUUGACGGACUCUGAAUUUUAUUUGAAAGAUGAGAUAGGUUUCCUUUAUACAUGUAAAAUUCUUUAUACUUUAUACAUAAUAAUAUUUUCUGCUAAGUUUAUUUUAUUUAAACUCUCUCCGUCUUUUCUAUUACAAGUAAUGGACUUUGGCUUCUGUCACAGUAAAAAUGGUCUCAAGGCGUUGGAAUACAAGAUAUACGAAUCAAGCGAUUUCAUUUUUGAUGAGCAGUAUUUGUGGUUUCCAUAAAACCUUUUUUUCAAAGCUUCUUUAAAUUCAAAGUUUUGUGUAGAAAGUGACUCCUGUAUCAAAAAGAUCAGAAACUAAGCUCUUAGUUGGAUAGCAGCGAUUGCCAUUAAGACACUCCAAAUGAAGAAAAAAAGAAAGAAGAAGAAAAGAAAAGAUGAUGUCAUCUAAUUUUCAAUAAAUUAAAUUUGAUGAAUCUUAUCUGUAAAUGUUGAUACUGGUUUGUGAAAAUUUUCUUUACUUGCAUCAUUUUCAAUAAAACAUUUUUAAGGGAUUUUUGAGCAAAUAUUCUACUUCAAA